GCAGUGAGGUUCAGAUAGUCUUAAAGAUUUAACGCAAAUUACAAGAGGGGGGGGGGAGUAAAUGAACAUAUUCCGCCAGGGUUCUUCUGGAGGAGAAACUGAGAGAAUUUUAUUCCAAAAUGCCCAAAUAACGGAGAGCUGGCAGCGCCGUCGCGUUAACUGUUAGGGGCUGUUUGGAGCGGCUCGUUCCGGGAGCGCAGCUUUAGGACCCGGGGAGGCUGACGCGUGCGCUCGCCCGCCGCAGCAGAAGCAUGGAGAGGCUGUUACGCGCUGGCUCUCCACCGCUGCACUGACUGCACCGCACGCAACGACACGGGAUAUGCUUGCUUUUUUUUUACGCUAAAAGGAUAAGCGCGACCGAGCGACUGUUGCUUUUGUCCCAGUUGCUGAUGCUUUGUUCCAGGACGGACGGACACGCGGCGCUCACGCAGUAGUUCCGUCCGUAGUUCCAGGCUGCGCAUUCGCCCGUCUUCGCCUCAGACAACGUGCUCCGCGAAUAAAAGUUUUACGCGCCCGCCGCUAUGGAUCACUUUUGAGUGUCGAGCGCGUGCAGCAACCCCUUCGCGUAAUUUUAAGGAGAUGCGUCCCGCUUCCUGUUCAUGAGCUGGUCCUCCACCUCCACAAACUGAGGCUUCAGCCUGGAUAUUAAUACCACUGGCCGGACUGGUGUGUCUCUUCUCCUUGUCCCAUGUUUCGAUGCCACGUGAUGCCAGGACAGUGAGCAGCACAAUGCGCCGCACACGGUCGGGGGCCGUGACCCUCAUCAUCAUGGUUCUGCUCAGGGUGGUUCAGGGCCAAGAGGUUCCAUUAGUCCCAGAGACGGGAGCCGCUCAGGACGGCGCCGCCGAGGGAGCGACGCCUGCUCCCAACGCCGAGCACGAGGACGACAACUCUCUGGGCUACACAGGAUCCCGUCUACGCCAAGAGGACACCCCACCGCGGAUUGUGGAGCACCCGUCGGACCUGAUUGUUUCUAAAGGGGAGCCGGCCACCCUCAACUGUAAGGCAGAAGGGCGGCCGACCCCCACGGUGGAGUGGUACAAGGAUGGGGAGCGGGUGGAGACGGACAGGGACAAUCCCCGCUCCCAGCGCAUGCUGCUGCCCAGCGGCUCCCUCUUCUUCCUGCGCAUCGUCCACGGGCGGCGGAGCAAACCGGACGAGGGCUCCUACGUCUGCGUGGCCCGCAACUACCUGGGAGAGGCCGUGAGCCACAACGCCUCCCUGGAAGUAGCCAUCCUACGUGACGACUUCAGGCAGAACCCGGCAGACGUGAUCGUGGCAGCAGGAGAGCCGGCGGUUCUGGAGUGUCAGCCUCCCCGCGGACAUCCAGAGCCCACAAUAUCAUGGAAGAAAGACGGAAUAAAUAUCGACGACAAGGACGAGAGGAUCACUAUACGUGGAGGAAAGCUGAUGAUCACAAACGCCCGGAAGAGCGAUGCUGGGAAAUAUGUGUGUGUCGGCACAAACAUGGUUGGAGAGCGCGAAAGUGAAAUCGCUGAACUCACAGUGCUCGAGCGCCCCAGCUUCGUACGGCGCCCUGGCAGCCAGGUGGUCUUAGUGGACCAAAGUGUGGAGUUCAGGUGUGAGGCACGCGGCGACCCGGUUCCCACUGUGCGCUGGAGGCGGGACGACGGGGACCUGCCCAAAGGACGAUAUGAGAUCCGUGAGGACCACACCCUGAAGAUCCGCCGCCUGACUUCCGCUGACGUCGGCUCCUACACCUGCGUGGCCGAGAACAUGGUGGGGAAGGCGGAGGCCUCGGCCACGCUGACCGUGCACGUGCCUCCAGCGUUUGUGGUGAGACCACGGAACCAGGUGGUUGGGGUGGGCAGGACCGUCACCUUUCAGUGUGAGGCCACUGGAAAUCCCCAGCCAGCAAUUUUCUGGCAGCGAGAAGGGAGUCAGAACCUGCUGUUCUCCUACCAACCUCCUCAACCCUCCAGCCGAUUUUCUGUAUCUCAGACCGGGGACCUGACCAUCACCGAUGCCGAACGCUCAGACAUGGGCUAUUACAGCUGCCAGGCGCUCAACAUCGCUGGCAGUGUUAUCACCAAGGCUCUGCUGGAGGUCACUGAUGUUGUGUCAGACCGCCCGCCACCGAUAAUCCGACAGGGCCCAACCAAUCAAACGGUGGCGGUGGAUGGUACAGUGGUCCUCAGCUGUGUGGCAUCGGGCAACCCCACUCCCACCAUACUGUGGAGGAAAGAUGGCGUCUUGGUGUCCACACAUGACUCCAGGGUCAAACAGCUGGACACUGGUGCACUGCAGAUACGCUAUGCAAAGCUUGGUGACACUGGCACGUACACCUGCAUCGCCUCCACACCCAGUGGCGAAGCAUCGUGGAAAGCCUACUUAGAAGUCCAAGAGUUUGGAGUCCCGGUCCAGCCGAACAGACCUACUGACCCCAACCUGAUUCCCAGUGCCCCUUCCAAACCGGAGGUCACUGAUGUUACUCGCACCUCCGUCACCCUUUCCUGGAAGCCUAACCUUAAUUCAGGAGCAACGCCAACCUCCUAUGUCGUAGAGGCCUUUAGUCAUGCAUCAGGGAGUAGCUGGCAGACCUUGGCAGAGCAUGUGAAAACUGAGUCAUUUGUACUGAAGGGCUUGAAGCCCAGUGCAGUCUACCUCUUCUUGGUACGGGCAGCCAACGCCUAUGGGCUGAGCGAUCCCAGUCCUAUAACCGAUGCUGUGAAAACACAAGAUAUCCCUCCCACCAGUCAGGGUGUGGAUCAUCGUCAGAUCCAAAAGGAGUUGGGAGAUGUGGUCAUCCACCUGCACAACCCGACCAUCCUCUCCUCCUCCUCUGUCCGGGUGCAGUGGACAGUGGAGCAGCAGUCUCAGUACAUCCAGGGCUACAAAGUGAUGUACAGGCCUGCACCAGAGGGGCUCCAGAAGAGCGACUGGGCUGUGUUUGAAGUGCGCACCCCCGGGGAGGACAGCGCAGUUGUCCCCCAGCUUCGGAAGGGAGUCACGUAUGAAUUCAAAGUGCGCCCUUUCUUCAACGAGUUCCAGGGAACAGACAGUGAUGUCAAAAUUGGCAAGACAUUGGAAGAAGCCCCCAGCGCCCCACCUCGUGAGGUUACAGUGACUGAGAGUGAGGACAAUGGGACUGCCAUCAUAGUCUCCUGGCAACCCCCUCCAGAAGAGGAGCAGAAUGGGGUGGUCCAGGAAUACAAGAUUUGGUGCUUGGGGAAUGAGAGCAGGUACCACAUCAACCGUACAGUUGACGGCUCAACCUUAUCCGUGCUGAUUCCCAGUCUGGCCCCAGGGAUCCGCUACAGCGUGGAGGUAGCAGCCAGCACCGGGGCAGGUCCCGGGGUCAAGAGCGAUAUCACCUUCUUCCAGCUUGAUGCGUCAGGGCGAAUAUCAGACCCUGAGACCUCACAGAACCCGCUGUCCCAGCAGAUCUCAGACGUGGUCAAGCAGCCGGCCUUUAUAGCAGGGAUCGGAGCUGCUUGCUGGAUUAUUCUCAUGGUCUUCAGUAUCUGGUUGUACAGACACAGGAAGAAGAGGAAUGGACUGUCCAGCAGCUAUGCAGGCAUACGCAAAGUGCCAUCCUUUACUUUCACGCCAACAGUGGCAUAUCAGAGAGGAGGAGAAGGUGUAAGCAGCGCUGGAAGGCCUGGUUUGCUGAACAUUGGAGAUUCUGCCACUCAGCCCUGGCUGGCUGACACAUGGCCCAACUCCUGCUCCAACCACAACGACUGCAGCAUCAACUGCUGCACUGCAGGCAAUGGCAACAGCGACAGCAACUUGGCCACAUACAGCCGUCCAGCUGACUGCAUCGCCAAUUAUAACAACCAGAUGGACAAUAAGCAAACCAACCUCAUGGUUCCAGAGUCAGGAGUCUAUGGAGAUGUAGACCUGUCCAACAAGAUCAACGAGAUGAAGACCUUCAACAGCCCCAACCUUAAAGACGGGCGCUUUGUGGGCCCAGGAGGUCAGCCCACGCCUUACGCCACCACCCAGCUCAUCCAGUCCUCCAUCCUGGGCAACAACAUCAACUCCGACCGAGGAACUGGAGGGAGCGGAGGUGGACUCGGGGUUGGAGGCGAGGUUAAUGAGAAACACUGCUGGAAGCCCACCUCGCUCCAACAGAAGCAAGAAAUGAGCUCCCAGCUGCAGUACAGCAUCAUGGAGCAGAACAAGCUGAACAAGGACCGCUACAGAGGAGGCGACAACCCUGUGCCAGCCACUAUCCCCUACAACCAGAGCCACGACAGCCACACUGUGGGCUCCUACAACAGCUCCGACCGAGGCAGCAGCAGCACAUCAGGAAGUCAGGGUCAAAAGAAGGGAAUGCGCACCCCCAAACUACCCAAACAGAGCACAAUGAAUUGGACUGACCUUCUGCCCCCUCCCCCUGCAAACCCACCUCCAAGUCGGAACACAGAAGAAUACUCUCUGCCGCUGGAAGAAAGCUGUGACCCAGACAUGCAGUGCCCCAUGCCCCCUUCUCACAUGUACCUGCAGCCUGAUGAGCUCGAGGAGGAAGAGGAGAUGGAGCGGGGGCCCACUCCCCCGAUACGAGGCGCAGCAUCCUCCCCUGCCGCUGUGUCUUACAGCCACCAGUCCACAGCCACGCUCACCCCCUCGCCCCAGGAGGAGAUGCACCCGAUGCUGCAGGACACAUCUGACAGCCACGAGCGCAGACGCCAUGCUGUGAGCCCCCCACCCCCUCCAAGGCCCCUCUCUCCUUCACACACAUAUGGGUACAUCACCAGCCCAUUGGCUUUGGACACUGAUGGAAUGGAGGAGGAGGACAUAAUGGAGGAAGAGGAGGGCGAUGAGACGGAUGCAGAAGUGGCCAAGAUGCACUACCACCACACCCACCCCCACACACACCCGCACCAUCCCCACAUGCACCCGCGGAGGUUGCUUCUACGGGGACUUGAGCAGACGCCCGCGUCCAGCAUGGGCGACCUGGAGAGCUCGGUGACCGGCUCCAUGAUCAACGGAUGGGGCUCAGCCUCUGAAGAGGAUAAUGUCUCUUCAGGGAGGUCCAGUGCAGUUAGUUCAUCAGAUGGAUCCUUCUUCACUGAUGCCGACUUUGCUCAAGCAGUUGCAGCAGCUGCGGAGUAUUCGGGCCUCAGAGUGGCCAAGUACCCAAAUACACAGGGCCAGGAAGCUGGAGGAGCUUCAGCGCGAAAAUACCAAAUAAACCCAUCAGGCCACCGUCCUGGUAGCCCAGUGUCUACAGACAGUAACAUGAGUAUGGCAGCCGUACACAGGAGGCCUCCGAAAAAACAGAAACAGCAUCCUGCCGGCCAUCCAGGAAACCAGCGGCGCGAAGCCUACAAUGAAGAUCUCCCGCCUCCUCCAAUCCCACCUCCGGCCGUGCUCAAGUCCCCUACACACCCCUCCAAGGUGGCGAUGGAAGGCCGGGGUUUGAUCUCCCCCAAAGCAGGAGAGGUACGAGACAAGAGAGCAGGAAUAGGAGCCUAUCGGACUCGAGAUGGCUCGGAUCCCAGAACAAGCUCAUCUGAACGCAAAGAUGCUCAGGAGAGACAAAAAACUGCUCAUGGUGGGAAAGGGAAUAAACACGAGAGUAGCACUGCCAACAAGGCACGCCAACACACAGAGGACAUUCUGCCCUACAGCCGACCACAGUUCCCCACAGUGAAUAGCCCCCGGGACCCAAGCUCCUCUAGCUCCAUGUCCUCCAGAGGAUCAGGUGGCCGGCGGAGAGGAGAAGGAGGUCGUAGAAAUCCUGCCGACAUGGGCCUCAACACCACUGGAGCCUUUCAACAUGGAGAUGAAGAACUAGAGAUGGUUGAAAGCUGAAGAACAGCAGAGGACAUGGAGAAACUGUUCUGAUUUUUUCCAAGAGUGGAGCACCAUUGCUGUUUUAAAUAUCUCGGUAUUUCACCGUCAUGUUUGGCUGCCAUCAUAUGUACUUCAAGUGUUUCUUUACAUCUGGAAAACAAACAGUUUCUUUUAACUAUUCAUUUUCUAUGUUUGUUCGGGAAAAAAAGGAUAGCGUCUGAAGAUAAAAGAAUGGUGCAUUCAAAACUAAACACACACUAGUAUAUUUAUGUUUAAUUCCAAUGCAAUAUGGAGGGAAAUCCUACUCCAGACAUUGAUGCGACUCGGCUUGUCUUGACAAGAUCUUUAGAGCCCGUACAGUCAGAUGUUACUGUAAUAAACUAGCUGCAAGAACAGAGGGUGGACUGUCUGUAAAUAUACGUGUAUACAUGAUGCUCUCUUGUUUUACCCGUUGUGGUACCUCAAAAUUUGUCUUCCUUGUCCUAUUUCGCAAAUUCUAAUUUUAUUAUGCCAGUAAAUAUAAUUAUUUUAUCAUUUCCAUCCAUGUUGUAAAUUGCAAUAUUAUUUAGUUGCCCCAAGAAAGUGCCACUUUGGGAUUUUUCUUUUUCUCCGCCUUUUAUUUUUUGGUUUUUUUUGUAAUGCACUGUUAUGAUUCGUGUUGUCGUCAAUGUUUGUUAUUUGUUUUACUUUGGUUUUAAAAGCACAAUCACUAAACUUUAUUUUAAACCAUUCUAUCUAUUAACCUUUUUGUCUUACUGGAGGAAAACAGGUACGACAAAAGAGUCUAGUUAAUCCUGAUGAUGAUGAUGAUGGUUGCUGUUUAUGAAGGCUGUGCUUGAAAGGAGACUCCUUGUGUUGUGAUUGUCUCCCUCUCCAGUUCUGACACAAGCUCAAGUGAUGAAAAGCAUGGAAGCGUUAAUGUGAGUCAUAGCUGUCAUGUAAAUAUCUUUUACGCAUUGACCAUACUCAGCUAUUGCACAUUAAUGGAAAAGGUGACGUUGUCUACUAAUGCACUUAAAUGAAUGUCAAAUACAGGAAUAAAAGUCACUUUGGGAAUCUGGAGAGGUUGGAAUUGGACAAGAAGGGUCUCGUUUCUAGACGGAGGUAACUCUGGCCUCUGCUGUUUUGGAGAAUGGGUGCUGUUGUUUAUUCAUAGGACAUCUGCAAACAUUUGUUUCGUAAAGCAAAAAGAAAAAAAAAAGAUAAAUAAAAAAUUUCAAACUAUAA